GGAAUUCCAGGUUUCCAGAUCCUCCACUCUUCUGCUUCACUGCCUAGUGCUGGUCAACUCCUUAGGAGCUGGACACAACCAUGGCACAAUUUGGACAACUUGCAUCCAGGUGUAAUGAUGGCCUUUAGUCCCUCAAUCACCUAGCAACAUUUCCCACCUUCACCUUUGAAUGACAACAUUUGACUGCAGGGAAAUCCAUAUAAACUCCCACUUUUCCCCAUACAGUAAGCCUUUCUCACCCUCACCAUCUCCCUCCCUCUCCUCUGCCUGGAGGAGGAGACUUUAAAAAGAAAAGAAUACCGUGUGUGUGCUUAACUGUGUAUGCAUCAUUUUAACUUGGAAUUUUUUCUCCAACCCCUUUUGAAUGUGGCGAUACCUAGAAUACAAUUUUUGCUCAUGAAACUGAUUUUACUAGCAGUAAUUAUAUUCUUCUUAGCUGAGCUUUAAAGACUACUUUGGAGAGCAGUGUCAAACAACAACAGAGGGUUAGGGUACGUCUCUUUCCCAGUCGGUUUCCCAGCCUCCUCCCUCGCUCUCUUUGCCAUCUCCAAACCCAUCCCCCCAUCUUCAGCUCUAUCACUCUAUUCCUAGACCUCCUCCUCCCGCACCACUAUGCCAGUCUCUAUCAUGUAACAGGAUUGGCGUUGCAAUGGCAACUAACGGAAUGGGUGAGGGGAAGACGGCAGAUGUGGGGGCACGAGACUGCAAUCCGGCAGGCCGCAGUUUGUUGGUUCCCAGGAGACCGCUACGAGUUACUUUUUAAAAGCAAAACCAGGAAAGGAAGGCUCUUUGCUUUGGGAUCAGAGCCCACUUCUUGAUAUCGGCCUACCGGCUGGAGUCCUGGAUUUUCCCCAAGCUCUCUGCGUGUCUUCUACCUGCAGCGACCAGCAAGAGCCGCUACCACUGCAAAGACUUAGCUGAAUUCAGCUUUCCUGGAAGAACAUUUCAAUCGCCAACCUUCCUUUCCUAUCAUUGCCCUCCCCACUAACCCCAUCCUCCGGUCUGUUUUCCCAGCCUACUAACAUGUUUCUGUGUGUUUGUCCAGGUAUGUUUGUGGGAUCGGUGUAGGGGGUGGUGAAGGUGUUGUAUUUGUGUGUGUGUGUGUGUGUGUGUGUUGUGUGUGUGUGUGUGUGUGUGUGUGUGUGUGUGCUCGCGCGCGCGCGCGCGCGCGCGCGCGUUGGGUUCUUGCGUUCUGCCAGCUUCAGCCUGGGAAGGACGUCUGCCUUUCCUUCUUUAUCUGAGCAGUUCCCAGGCAGUUGGAGGCUUCUACUUAGCAGAAUUGGAUUAUUCUGGGCCUCCGAAAGUUCCAUCGUGUCUUCCAGGAUAUGUUCAUGUUCACGUGAAGAUGGAUUUAGUUUACAGUCUUCUGUGGAUGCUGAUAGUUCUCCUGGAGGGAAUCUCUGGCCAAGGAGUGUAUGCUCCUCCAACAGUGCGGAUUGUGCACUCAGGAUUGGCAUGUAAUAUUGAGGAGGAGCGCUAUUCAGAGAGAGUCUACACUAUCCGAGAGGGAGAAACUUUGGAACUGACCUGUCUAGUGACAGGCCAUCCACGUCCACAGAUCAGAUGGACCAAAACAGCAGGAAGUGCCUCUGAUAGAUUUCAGGAUUCAAGUGUCUUCAAUGAGACUUUGAGGAUUACAAAUAUUCAACGACACCAAGGAGGCCGAUACUAUUGUAAAGCAGAAAAUGGUUUGGGAUCCCCAGCAAUAAAGUCUAUUAGAGUGGAUGUGUAUUAUUUGGAUGAUCCAGUAGUAACUGUUCAUCAAAGCAUUGGUGAAGCCAAAGAACAAUUUUACUAUGAGAGGACAGUAUUUCUUCGGUGUGUUGCCAAUUCCAAUCCACCUGUUCGGUAUAGCUGGAGACGUGGCCAAGAAGUCUUACUACAAGGAUCUGAUAAAGGAGUUGAAAUUUAUGAACCCUUCUUUACCCAGGUUCCUUAUUUUCUACAUUUCCAGGGUGAAACAAAAAUCUUAAAGUUAAAGAAUCUUCGACCUCAGGACUAUGCUAAUUAUAGCUGUAUUGCUUCAGUGAGGAGUGUAUGUAAUAUUCCUGAUAAGAUGGUAUCAUUUAAACUCUCCAAUAAAACAGAAAAUCUGCUACUUAACUAUGGAUUUCCUAUCUUGUGCUCUGAAAUUGACUUAUUGCAGUCUUCCAUAAGCCCAGUUUCCACACACCAAGAACACAACACCAUCAGGCUCCAAUCACACCUGCAGAAAGCUUCUCCAUCCAUUAAACUCCUGGUGGAUGAUCCCAUAGUUGUAAACCCUGGAGAGGCGAUAACUUUAGUAUGUGUUACAACAGGAGGUGAACCAACCCCUACUCUUACCUGGGUUAAAUCCAUUGGGAAUCUUCCUGAAAAGACUGUACUGAAUGGAGGAACUUUAACAAUUCCUGCCAUCUCAUCAGAUGAUGCUGGUACUUAUAGCUGCAUUGCCAAUAAUAAUGUGGGAAAUCCAGCCAAAAAAUCCACCAGCAUCAUAGUGAGAGCAUUAAAAAAAGGACGGUUUUGGAUUACACCGGAUCCUUAUCACAAAGAUGACACCAUUCAAAUCGGACGUGAGGUGAAAAUAUCUUGCCAAGUAGAAGCUAUUCCUUCUGAGGAAUUAAUAUUUAGUUGGUUUAAAAAUGGACGUCCCUUAAGAAGUUCUGAGCGGAUGGUUAUUACACAAACUGAUCCUGAUGUUUCCCCUGGAACCACAAACUUGGACAUUAUUGAUUUGAAAUUCACUGACUUUGGAACAUAUACAUGUGUAGCAUCCCUGAAAGGAGGAGGCAUAUCUGAUAUAAGUAUUGAUGUUAACAUAUCCAGCAGCACAGUUCCACCCAAUCUGACUGUUCCACAGGAAAAAUCACCUUUAGUCACCAGAGAAGGAGACACUAUAGAACUACAAUGCCAAGUGACUGGAAAACCUAAACCCAUUAUCCUUUGGACUAGAGCAGACAAAGAAGUUGCUAUGCCAGAUGGGUCAAUGCAGAUGGAAAGUUAUGAUGGAACACUGAGAAUUGUGAAUGUCUCCAGGGAAAUGUCAGGAAUGUACAGAUGUCAGACCAGCCAGUACAAUGGAUUUAAUGUGACGCCAAGGGAAGCAUUGGUACAGCUCAUUGUACAGUAUCCCCCUGCUGUGGAACCAGCAUUUCUGGAGAUAAGACAAGGACAGGAUCGAAGUGUCACAAUGAGUUGCAGAGUGUUGAGAGCCUAUCCUAUCCGGGUGUUAACCUAUGAGUGGCGUUUGGGCAAUAAAUUAUUGCGGAUGGGUCAGUUCGAUUCACAAGAAUAUACUGAGUACACACUGAAGGAUCUAUCUAAUGAAAACUAUGGGAUUUAUAAUUGUAACAUUAUAAAUGAAGCUGGAGCUGGGAGAUGUACCUAUCUUGUUACAGGAAAGGCCUAUGCUCCCGAAUUCUAUUAUGACACCUAUAAUCCUGUGUGGCAAAACAGGCAUCGAGUAUAUUCCUAUAGUUUGCAGUGGACUCAAAUGAAUCCUAAUGCAGUGGACCGCAUUGUUGCAUAUCGUCUGGGUAUAAGGCAGGCUGGACAGCAACGUUGGUGGGAGCAAGAGAUUAAAAUAAGUGGGAACAUUCAAAAAGGAGAAUUAAUUACUUAUAAUCUGACUGAGCUGAUAAAGCCAGAAGCCUAUGAAGUUCGUCUAACACCUCUUACCAAGUUUGGUGAGGGAGAUUCAACUAUUCGUAUCAUCAAAUAUAGUGCUCCUGUAAAUCCUCAUUUGCGUGAGUUUCACUGUGGGUUUGAAGACGGAAACAUCUGUUUGUUCACUCAAGAUGAUACAGAUAAUUUUGACUGGACAAAACAAAGUACUGCAACAAGAAAUACAAAGUAUACCCCAAACACUGGACCUAAUGCAGAUCGCACUGGAUCGAAAGAAGGUUAUUAUAUGUAUAUUGAGACCUCUCGGCCCAGAUUAGAAGGGGAAAAGGCCCGAUUACUCAGUCCUGUUUUCAGCAUAGCCCCAAAAAAUCCUUAUGGAGCCACAAAUACAGCAUAUUGUUUCAGCUUCUUUUAUCACAUGUAUGGACAACAUAUAGGUGUUUUAAAUGUUUAUCUGCGUUUAAAAGGACAGACAACAAUAGAAAAUCCCUUAUGGUCUUCUAGUGGUAAUAAAGGACAGCACUGGAAUGAGGCCCAUGUUAAUAUAUAUCCAAUCACUUCAUUUCAGCUCAUCUUUGAAGGUAUUCGAGGCCCUGGCAUAGAAGGUGAUAUUGCCAUCGAUGAUGUAUCAAUUGCAGAAGGAGAAUGUGCAAAACAAGAUCUAGCAACAAAGAAUUCAGUUGAUGGCGCUGUUGGCAUUUUAGUACAUAUAUGGCUUUUCCCAGCUGUCGUCCUCAUCUCUAUCUUAAAUCCUCGAAGGUGACCUUUUCCUGACAGAGGCUAUAAAAGAUUCACCAAGCACUGACAUGAAGAAAGAGUCUUUGUAAAUGGACAUUUAAAAACAAACUACCAAAGAUUCCUCCACUGACUACAGACUCCAAAACAAAACAAAACAAAAAAUAGCGCUGGGGAUAAAAACAUCAUGGGAGCAUAACUUAUUCCAAACUACAUAUGAAAGGUGAUCUUGACAUGAAUAAAGAAGAGACCUACCUUCAGGGGCUCUCCUGGCUAAUAAGAAUACAGUUUCAUCUGGUUAAACUGAAAAAAAAAAGAGCUAUAGAAAGAAAUCCUUGUCAAAGCACAAAGUCAUGACUGGUUUUGUUUCAAAAGAAUAAUUUGCUUGUUACCUUGGAAACCUAAUGGCCUGCCAACAAAAACCUCACAGUAAACAGGGUAUGUGAAGAGCUGGCAUUUAUUUUCCCUUCCAGAAGGUUUUUAGUAGAGAAUUAAAUAAACGUAGGCCCUUUUGCCUUUGGCUGUUACUUUUUCUUGAAAAUAAUCCUAACUCAGAGGUUUUUCAGACAUUCAUGUCCUCUCCCCAUCUUUUUUUCCCACACCCCCAUGGCUAAGCUAGAUAACUGUAUGCUAUAUCUUUUUGCAUGCAUUAUUUAUCCAGGAUGUGAAACCUGGGCUUACGUAUUACACAGGCUUAUCGGAAUUUGCUUGCGGCCACUUGAACAUCCCAACUAAGUCAUCUGUUCUGAUGAAGAAAACAAACCACUAUCUUUUAUAAAAUUGCCAUGGAAACCAAGUGCCUUCAAUGAAACAAGCCUGAAAAUUUUUCAACACAGAAGCUUGCACUGCUGAGUGGUUUGUGUAAAACUAUUUUAUAAACAAACUACAGAGGCUAUAUAUAAUUAAGAGGCAAGAAAACAAAGCCACUUCUGGAGAAGGAUGAACCUAAGUUUCUUCGUAAGCCCUUUCAAAUGAGAUAUUUGUUUAACCAGCUAGACAGCCAUGGCCUUUCAGCUUAUUAUCCAUUAGAAAAUAGCUUCACUGAUACUGGAUGUGGGAACAACACUCCCUUCCCCCUUUAUUGAAUGAAUCAAUCAGAGCAAAAGAUUGAUAUUUAUAGUAUUAAGUGGUAAAAUUUUUUUUAACAAUUUCAUUUCUAUCCACAUGAAAUGAAGUUAGCCCUAACUUUAGAAGUCUUAGUUUGUUGACUGAGGGAAAAGGAAAGUGUUUGUGAUCACUGUAUACAGAAACUCUACAGCAACACUGGAACUGAAAAGAAAAUCUGUCUUUAUUCUAAUUACUGAGAGUAAUAUGCCUCUGCCCUUUAGUCAGACUCUGUGCAGAUUGUGAAAUAGUAUAUUAUUAUUUUACCAACAUUUAAAAUAAUACACACAAACACUUUUACAAAAAAAAAUUCUGUAAAAAUGAUUUUGAGCUACCUGAAGACAAACCAUAACCUUUAACCAGCCAGUUUUCCUAUAUAUUGUAAAUUUCCCUUAUACUUGUUGGUUAUGAAACUUGAUGAUCUUUUUCCUUAAAUUAUUUCAACUUUUAACUUCUUUUAAAAAGACUUUUGUUUAAAGGACAGUGUUGUCAUCAUUAUUAUUGUUAUCAUUAUUAUAUAUUGAUAAUACCCCACGGUUAAAAACUGAUUAUACAAAUAAUUGGGAUAUACAUAUUAAGAUAUAACAUUUGAAAACAUAAAUAUAAAAAGCACAACAAGAUGUAGUGGAUCAAAGACAAGGCUUAAUAUUUCUUUCAAUUCUGUAGAAAUGUUUGUGCAAAUUAAGUAAUUCAUCUGAAAUGAUCAUUUUACAGCUAUAUUCAAUAAAGCCUCUUUCCAGGUAAGGUAUGUUAAGAUGUAUGUGUGUUUGUAUGUAUGUUCACUUAUUCAUCAAACUAGAGAUAAACUGAUCAUUUUUACUGGUUAUAUUGUCAGUAAAUAUAUCUUGUACUUCACAUACCUUGACAUCUAAAGACAAAGAUUGUAGGGGACAAAACAUUUUAAUGCUUUUGAAAACAGUUCCCUCUACAUAAAAAUUGAUACUGUUUCAAUGGUAUUAGAUCUGGCAUAUAUUACAUCUUAAAUUUGAAUGGAUGUCGCUUUUUGACUAAGGAAAGAAUCAUCUUAAGUCAUCAGCAAGUAUCUAAACUAGGGCUAUUUAAAAAUUGAAAUAUUAUAAAAACUAAUUUGACUUCUAACUAAAUUGAAAUAAUGCAAUAUUAUUUUUACAAUGUCAUUAUUUUACUGAUCCAUGUAUCCACCUGAUCACUUAUAUCCAUGAAACAACUUUUUGAUAUUGAUCUCAACCCAAUAACUUCUUUUUUCUUUGUUAAUUAAGUUUGCAUGAAAUCUCUUUAUGACAAAGAUCAUAAGACUUGAAUAGGUAGACUAUUAUUCUUUUUAACCAAGCAUUACCUUCUAAUUUGAGUUAACAAAAGUGAUUUUACUAGUGAACAAAAACUGGGAGUAAUAAAAAUCUCUUCGUAAAACUUUACAGAGGAAGUUUCAUUAGUCAACAAGACAUGAUAAAAAGUUGAGGUGGUCCUUUAAAAAUAAACAUAUCAAAAAAUAUCAGUGAGAGAAAGAUGGUGCAAAAUAUGUCAUUCUAAAGUGGUCUCUGGAUCUCUAAUAUAGACUAGAAGUUGAAUAAUGAUCUCCUUCCAAAUCAAAACUAUAAUUUACCUACUUUAAAAGCAUAGAAAUAGGAAACAAGAAAAGCUAAGUCUUGGGAAAUGGCAAGUAAAUGACCUAAAAUAUUGAUAAUUUAAUCUAAUGUAAUUUUUCUAGAUAAGUAUUUUAACAUUCAUAACAUAAAUUGAAAUAACAAGGCUAGUAUGAUCCUUGGUAGUGACAAAUAUAAGUCUAAAUUCUAUCUGAAGCAUUUUUAUUUUGUAUGAAAGGUAUCAACAAGGGCCUUUGAGACCAUAUCAUUGGAUUUUCUGGUGUAGUCUUAUAGCUGUAAGUUCCAUAUUUACUUGGGCAACAUAUUUUGGAUGUUGUUAUGUACCUAAAAACAUUGUCAGAAUUGAAAUGAUGCCUAAUUUGGCUACUGUUCAUUAAGAUGAAACAAGAAAGGGAAAGUAAAUCUUGUACGUAUAUGGUAAUGUACGUACAAAUAAUAUUUUCAUUGGCAAUGUUAUAUACUUGUAAAACUCACUAUGCUCUUUUCCUUUCUCAUUUCUUUCUCUCUGAUCCUCCAAUGUAGAUAUUUAGCUCUGCUUUUUUUUUUGCUUUUUUUUAUCUUUGCCUAGUUAGCCCUAUGUCACAUCUUUCAUUAUGUUAUUUGCUAUCUAUUAUCUAUACCUUUAACUAUUUUUUAAAAAUAAAUUGUGGUUUUCAUUGCUGAAUAGUACAUUGCAGAUAGUAUAGCAUAUCACAAAAAGUAGCAUAGCAUAUCAUAAAAUCUAAAUCUAUUCUGAGUUUGAUUUUGAUAUGUUAUGCCACAGUGAGUGAUAGGCUAAAACAUAAAUUGCUUACCUUUGAUCACUAAAUUUCCUUCAAAUGGCAAUGAAUUCUGAUGAUUAAAAUAUUUGGAUAUGGUGUGUAAACAAGCUAAUUAACUGCAUUAUAUAUUAUCACCAUAAUCUCAUCCCAUACCUAUUUUAGAAUGUAACAAAAUUUAAAAUCUAAUGGUACUAGAUUUUCACCAACCAAACAUUUUAUUUUAGAAGUCAUACCAUUAAGUAAUGUUUUAACAAAAAAUUUAACAUGUGAAAAAGAGAAUUAAUUUAGUACCGUAUUAAGGAUUUGAGAAAUUUGCAUGGAUAAUAAAUAAAGCCAAAAAUUUACAUAUUCAUCCUUUCUGGAAAGAUAAGACUGGAAAAAUCUUAUGUUCUCUUUUAGUUUAAUUAAUGUUUUCUUUCAGGCAUAUAUUCAUUAUCAUAUUUUUAACUGUGCCUUUUGAUAGCAUGAGGUGUGCCAUAGCACUUCAAGCUGGAAUAGGCAUAUCCCCAAGUACAUUUGUUUAAUUGGCCAACAAAUAACAGCUUUCAAAUUGUUUCCUAUUGUACUACAAAGCAAAGUAUUUACUCUAGCACUGCAGAUGACCGAAGUCAAUUAGAAGCUGUAAAAACAAGAAAAAUAUAGGACUCAAUUUUGCCUUUUUUUCCUCCAGUGUUCCCUGUCUAACCAACUUCAAUUUGUGAGUUUUCAGGUAGUUUGUUUUUAGAAAUGAUGCCCACAAUAUUUGCCAUUUCAACUUAUAAGGGAAAAAAUGAUGCAUUUUCAAGAUGCUUCCCCUAAUGACUGAGGAUUCAACUGCAGCGUUUUAUGUGACAUUGGAAUAAAGUUCUAUAUUACUGAGAAGAAAGAUGGGCAUGCUAAUUACAUGAGGGCAGGGAGACAAAAGAAUUCCAGAUCAUAAAUAACAAUAUGGAAAAAUAGUGAAAGUGGGAGUAAUAAAAGGAUUGAAAACCAUGAAUCUACAUAAAAUCAGUAAGGGAUCCUCUUACCACAAUCCUGUAUUAAUAUUAAUUUUCUUAAAUAGCAAUGCAAUUUUAUUAUUCUGAUCCAAAAUAUAGUAUGUUAUCAGAUGUUGGAAAAUCAGAAUUGAAAACCGGUAAGAAGUUAUACCAAAACACUAAUGUAUUGAAAUUGAAGAUAAUAUAUUGGAAAGAAUAUUCACUAGUAAAAGGAGUGAAAUUUAGUUAUAUUGAUCUUUUAUCAUAUCACUGAAAAUGCACUUUUGUUUUUGAACUGACAUAAAAUGAUAGGAAAACCCAUGAAAUAGUUCCAAGUUUAUUCUGGCUCUAGUUUGGCUAUAGUUCAUAUAUCAUUGGUUCCGUGGCUUCUUUAAUAGGAAAAGACUUUUUUUUUUUCCUUUAGCUACAUGUUCCAAAAAUUUUAAGUAUAAAUUUGAUCAGUCUUAUACUGAAUUAAUACAUCUGAUUUCUGGUUACAUUAUAUGCAUAUGUGCUUCUAGAUUUGAUUUGCUUUUCCAUUGGGUAUUUUUCCCUCUGUUAAAUAGUCUCAGAUAGAUGUAUGUUAUUUUCCAUUUUUUCAAUAAAUGCAACCAUGUCAAAUACCA